AGAAGUAAAAGUUGAUUAGGUUUUUUAGUUGAGAAAAAUUUUAAAAUAUUUAACUACCCCUCAAGCCAUUAUGACGGACCAGAAUGAGUUGGAUCAAUUGGCUUCAGCCGAAUUGGAAAGACUGCAACGACAACAUCGCUCCCUGCAGUUGGAGCUACGCUCCUUACUUGAAGAAAAAGCUAGGCAGCUGAAAAAACAAAAUCACAUGAUAACGGUUUUGCAACAAGAACAUCAAAAGCUGAAAGACGAGAUUGCUAUACUAGAGGGUGGAACGCAUGCUAGAAAGAAUACAAAUAAAGAAAAGCGCUUGAGUUUUUUGCAAAGACAGAAUCAGGAGCUGCAGCAAAUUUUACAAGGUGAACGUGUCAAAAUAUGGGAGCUGGAAGGUCACAUUAAAAAGGUAGAAAAGGAAAUCGAUGGUCUGCGUAAGAAUGAAGUCACCGAUAGCUGUUACAAGGAGAGUAUUGGCAAAGUUCAUAAGAGUGUCGUCAAGUUAGAGAAUCGUCUGGAUGUGGUCAAUAAGAAAUGUAGUGAUGUCUUGGCAGAGAAUUUCAAAUUGCGUGACUCAAUAAAUCAUAUGCUGCAGGAUCGUGCAAAUUUCAACGAGAUGUGGCAGUCAAUGGUAACCCAAUUCAAUGAGGGGAAAAAAUAUAUUAUGGAGCUGAUAGACCAAUCAACUGUAGCCUUUGAUUUGCGCGAGGAGCUCUGCAACAAAGUACAAGUGCUCAAAGAUCGUAGCGAGAAUGAUAAAAUUAUGCAUAUACAGGAAAUGCGUGAAAUGCAACGCCGCCUCGAACACGAUGCCAAGCUUCAGAAAUUCUUUGACAUAAAAGGUCAAAAGCGUCUUAAUCCCGAGUUGGAGCAACGUGAGGCUAACAAGAAACUCGCUUUGAAAGGGAACUACGAAAGGCAGCUCGAGGAAUAUCACGCUAUCAUAGAUGAUAUUAAGGAGUUAUAUGCAGUGGAGGACACAGAUAAUUUGGCAGCGCAAUUCAAGCGACAAGAAGAGGAAAAUUUUGCGCUCUUUAACUAUGUCAAUGAGCUUAGUCACGAAGUGGAGGCAUUGAAUGAUACAACACAGGAGCUGAGUGAAGAAAUUGAGCGUCAAAAGGCGGAACACGAAGAAAAGGAGUUGAAACAGAAAACCGAAGCUUUGGAUUAUCUUAAUAGUGAGCUGGAGAAGAUUGAAGUAGCAGCCGCAGAGGCUAAUGCAAGAAAAUUAACGCUACAUACGAGUUUGGAUGAAAUGUUGCAGGGUAUAUUGGAUAUAUUCAAACUUCUAUCCUGCAACGAUGCACCCAUCUUGAAUGUUUUGAGCUCUAAGACUGUAUUGACAGUGCAUAAUGUGAAACUUUUCGUUGGUGUCAUUGAGCGUCGCAUAAAUACCGUUAUCAGCAAUAUAAACGUUGAUGAAUCUUCUACUAAAAUAUUGGCUAGAAAAGAUCGCGUUCCAAAAUUUAAUAUCAAAGAGUCAGCUAAAGGAAAAAACUAAUUUUUUCCCAAAAUAGCGCCGGAUUUGGGUGUGAUAAAGGAUUGCUAUAUUUGUAGAAUUUUUCAAAUCAUAUUUUAAACCUCAAAAUUUAAAACCUAGUAAUCUAAAAUCU